CUCUCAAGCAGUAGCAGGAGAUGAGUUUUGAGCUUUACAGAACAUAGCUGUUCUGUUUUGGAUUUUUUUGACCRCUGAUAUGGUCAGAAAUUUUUUGACCACUGUGAUGUGUUAUGCGGAAAUACAAUUUCUCCUCAAAAAGGAGGAAGAACUGCUGCUACUUAAGGGAAUUUUGUACUGCUCAGCAAGUUUGUAAACGCAUGGAUUUGGUUUGCCAGCGAAUGUUAAAUCAAGGAUUUCUGAAAGUGGAAAGAUACCACAACUUGUGUCAAAAGCAAGUUAAAGCUCAGCUUCCAAGGCGGGAGUCGGAGAGGAGGAAUCAUUCAUUAGCUCGUCAUGCAGACAUCCUUGCUGCUGUAGAAACAAGACUCUCCCUAUUAAAUAUGACUUUCAUGAAGUAUGUGGAUUCCAAUCUCUGUUGCUUCAUACCUGGAAAGGUAAUCGAUGAAAUUUAUCGUGUGCUAAGGUAUGUAAACUCUACAAGAGCUCCUCAGAGAGCCCAUGAAGUUCUUCAAGAACUAAGGGACAUUUCUUCCAUGGCUAUGGAAUAUUUUGAUGAGAAGAUUGUUCCAAUACUGAAAAGAAAGCUGCCUGGGUCAGAUGUAUCAGGACGUCUCAUAGGAGCUGCCCCAGUUCCAGGGCCUUCUGCAGCACUAACAACAAUGCAGCUCUUCUCCAAGCAAAACCCUUCGAGACAGGAGGUGACCAAACUCCARCAGCAAGUGAAGACAAACGGCGCCGGGGUGACGAUGCUGAGGCGGGAAAUCUCGGAGCUUCGCACCAAAGUGCAGGAGCAACAGAAACAACUCCAAGACCAAGAUCAGAAACUGCUAGAGCAAACCCAAAUCAUAGGCGAACAGAAUGCCCGGUUGGCUGAGCUCGAGCGCAAACUGCGAGAGGUGAUGGAGAGCGCAGUAGGAAAUUCCUCAGGUUCUGGCUCAAACGAAGAAUCUCCUAGAAAACGGAGGAAGGCAGCUGAAUCUGUAGACUGUCCUAGGAAAUCUAAACGCCUUCGAAACAGGAAAUAACUUAGGCUGCUGGCUCUUCAAAAUACAACUUAGACUUGAACAGUCAUUUUCCUUCAUCGAGGCUUUUCCCCUGCUUUCUGUCUCGGUGGGCCUAAUUCACAAGAUCUUUAAGAUUUGCAAUAAAUAUGUACUAACCUGACCUGCUCUAUCAUGUUUUGAAGGGUUAAUUUUUUUUUUUCUCCUGUGCAGAUGUGUUUAAACCUAUUUGUGUUUAUGCAUAUAUUCACAUAAAAUCUUAAAUCCUGUCUUAACUGACAAGAAAGUUAAGCUUACAAACAGAUGUCCUGUUCACUUGAAGAAAAGACCCACUUUUUAAAUCUUGUUUGAGAGAACUUGACCUUUUUUGUUACAAGUGACCUUGUCUGGAAUGUCUGAAAAGUAGUUAAUACUUUUUUGGGAUCUAUGUAAUGAGUAAAACUGACUUCUUAAGCUAUGGUAUUGGCUAUAUAUUUUUGUAAACAAGGCAGGGCCUUCUGUCCAGACUUUACAUGCACACCCCCUCGCUGUAGGUCUUGGGAGCCAUAUUCUGCGUUUGCAUGGAUAGGUGCAUGUACUGCUUAGCCUGCUGAAAGCACUUGCCUGAAGUUGAUCUCUACUCUGGUGGGGAGUAGAGACCUGUAGAGCAAAUCUGUGUUCCUCAGCCCUCACUUAGCAUCUGCUUCCAGCACAACUGCUUCCCUGCGGUGAGGUGCUCUUGCGGGGCUAGGUGCAGGAGGCUUUGGAGCCAGGCUCUCUGCCACUGUCGCUGCCUGUACAUUGCAGGUGCUGUUAGCCAAAGCUUGGGAAUGGAGCGGCUGCCUGUGUCUCACUUGGAUUCACAGGCCAACAUCAAUAAGUGUUAAACUGUCCCUGCAGUAACUGCGCUGGGUGGGACAACUUUUGAAUGAGAUGCUGUAUUAUGGAAAAACUUAAA